CAUGCAGACAGUUGGUUCAGAGAAACUCUUCGAAGCCAAAGGACAACACCUUACCGUUACUGCCAUUCUGCAUCCACAAGAGAAUAAGAUUCAAAAGCCACAAAUACAGGCCGUGCCCUACUCCACAUACCCUACACUUCCGGGCCUCCACCCUCUUCCCGUCCCUAUUGCCCGUCCGUCCCGCCCCUCCCUCUGUAGUGAGUCAUGAAGUGGUCCCUGUGGAGCCUACUGCUGCUGGUGGUGCGUCUGUGUUCCCCAGGACGAAGUGACUGCCAGGGUGACUGCCUGGCCUGUGGUCUCCUACUACCCCUACCCAACCCCCAGACCCAGCAGCAAACAUUCAACACAUUGGUGUGUCUGUUGGAGUGUGAGGGUCACAUCUCUACUGCCCUCACCUGGGAGCUGUGUCAGCGAGCCAUCCUACCGCACUACCUCCUCCCACCAGAUGGCGGUGCUGUGUCUAAGAGAGCAGCAGAGGAGCUGAACCUGGGCCCUGUACACCUGGAGUCUGAUGGACAACUCCUCUACUCUGCAGCCAUGGAGCACUACCUGCAGGACAGGGAAGACCAGGAAGACAGGGCCCUGGAGCAACGUGAUACCCAGUACGACUCCUCCCCACUGGGCUCGACCGAGGAGGAAGACUCUCUGGCUCUGGAAAACAGGGAGGAGAAGAAGGAGGAAGAGGACAGGAGGAGGAGCAGUCAGGGGGAGGGAGGAGAUGAGGAGGAGGCGGCCACGGUCCAGCUGACCAAGCGUUUCGGGGGCUUCCUGAAAGGUCACCACGGUUAUAGGAAGUUUAUUGGCGGGCCGGUGGGGCGGCCACUGCAGAAACGCCUAGGAGGGUUCAUCGGGAUCAGGAAGUCGGCCAGGAAGUGGAACAACCAGAAGAGGGUGAGCCAGCUCCUCCGGCAGUACCUGGGGAUGACCAGCAGCAGCAUCCCUGGCCGCGGUGUUGGUCGGUUCAAUAACCCAGGCCAGGGAUUCAGGAGGCUACCCAGCCGGCUGUAGCCUCCCCUUCCCUCCACAACACCCUGGGGGAGCAGAAUUCUCUUCUCCUUCCCUUCACAACCCCCUGGGGGAGCAGAAUUCUCUUCUCCUUCCCUCCACAACCCCCUGGGGGAGCAGAAUUCUCUUCUCCUUCCCUCCACAACCCCCUGGGGGAGCAGAAUUCUCUUCUCCCCUUCCCUCCACAACCCCCUGGGGGAGCAGAAUUCUCUUCUCCUUCCCUUCACAACCCACUGGGGGAGCAGAAUUCUCUUCUCCUUCCCUCCACAACCCACUGGGGGAGCAGAAUUCUCUUCUCCUUCCCUCCACAACC